UAGAAUCUUCACUAAGCAAUAACAACCACCAAAGUAACUGAAUCAUAUUUCUUCUGUUAACAUUUUUCAUAAACAAGGAACAGUUGCAUUUUGUCUUUUACCUUAUCAAUGAUGUGAAUUUGCUAUAGUAAGAGGAAUGUAAGAAAAAUCUUAAGCUUUGUUUGUUCUUCUAAAUAUAUGGAAACUCAGUAAAAUUUAUAUUGCCCUUGAAUCUUGAAUCUUGAUAGAUUGUUCAAUAGAUGUUUAUAGAUGAAUAUUGAUGGUUUUACUUUGCUGCAGUUUCGGUUUUUGGUUCCACCUCAGCAAUAACCUGGACCAUAUACAGUUAUAAUUGCAGUUUCGGUUUUUGGUAUAUUCUGAUUACUUCCAUAUGAUUGCCUUAACUUUUAUAUUCAGAUUACCACAAGAAGCUAAAAACUUAAAAUUUCUUAUUUAUACAACUCUAACUCUAUACAGGAAUGAGCCCUUCUUCUAGAGAAAAACAAUAGACUUUACUCCUCCUCUCAUAGAAUGCAAUUAUAACUGUAUUGACAGUUAUACAUUAAUACAUUUUCCUUCAUUCUAUGUUCUCUGGGUAUCAUCGAAUAGAACCCAUAAUAAUCACAAACCAAGUACCAAUCUUGACAUAAUCAUGGCAAAGUCGAACCAGAGACAACUCAAUAAAGAAGAUGGGGUUUAUCAGACUCCUAUCUACCAUCCAUCCAUACAAAGUAAUCCCUCCCGGAUUAUUCUGUUUUAUCUCUUAGGGUCUUUUUGGAAUGAUGGAAUGGAACUAUAAAGGAAUGGAAUGAGCAACUUUAUGAUUCUCUUUAAAUUGAAUUGAACAUUCUUUUUCAGAAAAAGGUCAACUCAUAUGUAAAAUAAUAUCAACCAUCUUACUUAUGAUCUGUUUUUGCUGAUCGAUGCAUUUGUUAUUUAGUAGAAUCCUAAACCUGCAAUAGAGGAAAUCCAUUUGAUUGGGAAGGGUAACCACACUCAAAAUGGAACCCUAGAUAACUCUGCCAGCCAUAUAAUGGAAUUGAGUCCCUUCCAUAUGGAACGGAAUCAUGAAUUUUUAUUCUUUCUGUUUCCAUCAGAAUCCGCAAAACUAACACGCCCUGAUGGCCUGAUGUUUCUUUUUUAAAACUAAUUGAUUUCAUGGACAGGAAUCUCGAAUUCCAAUCCGACCAUUUCACAUGAUUGAUGUGUUCCAUAUUGUUAUUAAUAACAAGAUACUGAAAUUUGUUUUCACACCAAAUGCUCUAAUUAUAAAAUGUAUAAGGCUUAACGGGGAAAGUUUCGUUUCUGUUUUUUUGUUAAAUAUUUAAUAAUUAAAUAUUUGAUAUGAAUGCACUUGUUAUUUCAUUAUGCAGGCAACUGUUCUUGACCCUGCAGAUUAUGCAGGCAUUGAAGCUGCAUUAGACAACCACAUAGUUAGUCUUUGCUUCACAGAAUCACCCACAAAUCCAUUCCUAAGAUGUGUUGACAUUGAGUUAGUUUCAAAGCUGUGUCAUGCAAAAGGAGCAAUUGUUUGCAUUGAUGGAACAUUUGCAACACCUGUUCUACACUCAGCAACCAAAUACAUUGGUGGCCAAAAUGAUAAAGCUGCAUACUAAAUCAUUCGAGGCAUGAAAACACUGCAUCUACGUAUAAAGCUUAAUGGUGUUGCUGAGGGAAACUAUAGGCUUUGACUCGAUCAUAUCAAUUUUGCAGCUAAGAGGAACCACAUACAGCUUUACUCAGCAAAAGGUCAUACAUUAAGUACUUAUUAGUUAUUUAGCAUAUCAUUAUCCUUUAUAAACAUGCUUUAAAAAUUUUAAGUUUGUAAUUGUUUUCCAUAGACAAUCAAUCUACCGAGUGACUUGGAAACAAUUAGUUUGCUGCUGAGUGGAGGUCUGGAAAUCGAUCUUGGGAGUAUUGGACUUUUUUACUUUUAUUUUAUUGGUUUUAAAAUAUAAAUUUGAUGAAUGCUGUAAGAUUUUUUUGUGUUGAAUAUGUAAUCAUCUUUUAUUUUUUCA